AUGAGCGGAUUUCGUAGUCAAAAAUGGGAUCCAUGGUUAAUCAUUAGUCAGAUUAUUGCAGUUCAAACCUUAUAUUAUUUCGGUCUGGGAUGUUGGGUUUUCUUGCUAACAUUGUUUGAUAAUCAAGUGCCUACACUUGAUUAUCUAUUUUCAUACAAAAAACUGAAGCUUUCCAGUUGGAGUGAACCGUUAUUUGUUAGCAUCUUUUUCAUCAAUGCUCUAACAAGUGGAUUAGCAAUUGUUUAUCUUGUUGGUCGAUAUAAACAAUGUCUAGAUUUUUCUUUAACAGUUCAUUUCUAUCAUUUCCUUGCUUGUUGGAUCAUGUCAUCAGUAUUAUUACGUGAUUUUGUACUUCAAAUAGCUAUUUGUUCCGAAAGAGCAGCAUGUAUCGCUCGUUAUAUUCGUUUUAUGCAUUCCGAUUUCAACAGCAUUAUUCAAGAGAAACAACUCGAUGAAAACCAUCAACAUCUCGAUGCCGAUUACAAAACUCUGGCUGAUGUUAUCAUUCAGGAAGUCAUUAAACGAGAUCUAUAUCCGAGAUUGGACCAACGUAUCUUUGGUGAAGAAGAUGGAUCAUUAAAGCUGCAAUCAAGCGCUGAAAAGAUUGUUAUUGAUGUUACCGGUACCGAUGAAGAUAUUGUUACUCUUCUCAAACAAUUGUUCAAUAACAAAUCUAGUCAAUCGAUCGAAACAUUAGCUAAUAUUAUUUCUUCGUCUUUUGAUAUCACUCUCCCAGAGCACUAUCAACAUUCACUUCGAAAAAUUCCAGAGCAGUUUUCCAUUGAUUUAUCUAACAUUGGUAUAUGGAUUGAUCCGGUCGAUGGCACACAGCAGUAUAUCAAUGGUACAGAUGGAAUUAUCGAUUCACACACGGGCAUUACCAUAGAUGGUCUUCCAACAGCUUUGGUACUUAUUGGUUGUUUUGAUAUUCGACAUGGCAAUGCGAUUAUUGGAGUCAUUAACCGAGCAUUUCAUCAACGAAUCGAUGCAUUUAAAUGGGAAAGUUUGAUUUAUUGGGGCACGGCAUUGCCUGAUGGAAAAUUCAAUAAUUUAGAUGAUGUAUGCAAAGAAACUAGAAGCAACGAUAAGCAAGUUCUAUUGCAUGGAAGUGUAAACACAAGCAAUAAACUAUUGGCCAUUGCAUUGAAACAAGCAAACGUGUUUCUAGUAACCAAGGCUGCUGCCUAUAAUUGGGAUCUAUGUGCCGCUCAUGCUAUCAUUUUAUCAAUCAAUGGUCAAAUACUUGAUCUGCGUCAAAUUUUAGAUUUUUACAAACAAAAUCAAUCUCUGGUGAAUCUCAAUUUAACAGAAUUUCAGAUUGUUUACAAUAAAAUCAGCUCAUCUCACUUCAAUCCCAAAGAUUAUGCAUGUGCACCUUUUAUCGCUUAUCAUAAUCAACAAGAUUUAGCGGAUAUUCUUCAAUUAUUAGCAUCAGAUAGCAUUGCGUUUGACUGA